CACGCCCAGCUAAUUUUUAGUAGAGAGGCGGUUUCACCAUGUUGGCCAAGCUGGUUGCGAACUACUGACCUCGGGUGACCCACCCACCUCAGCCUCCCAAAGUGUUGGGAUUACAGGUAUGAGCCACUGCGCCCAGCAGAGAAAGUGGAAUUUCUAUGCUGGUGUAAGAUUUGAGAUUUUCCCAUUUAGAAAGUCUUCAGGAAGCAGCUGAGUCUUGACACUGAAAGGAUCCAGCUCAGGGUAAGUCCAUCCACAGGAGUGAUUCCUGCUUUGGAUUUGGGUCCUAGGGGUGAGAUCACAUCCCUGCUCCAUUUCUGGAGCAGAAAGGGAGCCAGCGUAGCAAGGGCUCUGAGUAGAGGGACCCUGGGAGUCACUAAAGCCACUUCCCUGUUGAUAUAAUGUACACACUGGCUUUCAUCCGCUCACAGGACAGUGAGAGUUUGUGAAUGCUCUCUGUGAACUGGGGAGCAGAUUUUUAAUGACGUAGGUCCCUCUGCUUAGAAGGAGAGAGUAUGUUAAGGGAUCACGCUCCCUCUGGUUUGCGGUUUUGGUCAGGAAUAGAGCACCCAAUGCCCCUUCUUAUAGACUUCUCCCAGCCAUAGGCUUUUUGCAGACCAUAAUGAAAGGGAGAAAGGAUAUAAAAUCGGGAUGAUGAUGGCAGGCAUGGAGAAGUUGACAGGGACAAGGAAGAGGAAAGCAAGGGACGUCCUUUUUCUUUGGUAUUCAACACAUGAACAAAGCUUGUUAACGAAUGUAGACUGGGUAACAACAGGGCUGGUGAGGGAGGACGACGUGGGUGGCUGUGGGGAAACUCUUCCCAAGCAUCCUAGGGGUGGGCCAGGAAGGGGACUAGAUGGACAUCUACAGGGCACAGAGCAGGGAGCGGCUAUUCUCUCCUGGAGGGGCUGUGGGUCCAGCAGGCUUUCGGAUGACGCCUUGGAAAGGCAAGGACAGCUUGCCGACUGGAGGGCAGGCAAAAGGGCGGAGACAGGCCAGAGACGGCGGCCGCAGUUCACUGACCAGGAGUAUGGCCUAGGGGUUCUGGUGCCAAGGCUGAAGGGGAACAACUUGGCCAGCCGCUCUCUGGCCGGCGUCUUCACGCGGCCUCCAAGAGCUCCUGUUGCCCUGCAGUGGCUCCUAGAGACUCCCUCCUUCCCACGUCCAAAUAGCUGCAGGAGGGAAGUGGGAGAAAAAAAGCGAACCAGCUUGAGAAAGGGCUUGACGUGCCUGCGUAGGGAGGGCGCAUGUCCCCGUGCUCCGUGUACGUGGCGGCCGCAGGGGCUGGAGGGGGUCCCUCCCGUAGCGACUCCAGUCUCAGAGUGCAAAACGGUACGCCCGCAGAGUCGCCCCAGGUGCUUGGGUGUUGUGUGAUUGACGCGGGGAAGGAGGGGUCAGCCGAUCCCUCCCCAACGCUCCAUCCCAUCCCUGAGGAUUGGGCUAGUACUCGCGUCGUCUCCGACAGAUGCCUGAGGAAGUGCACCAUGGAGAGGAGGAGGUGGAGACUUUUGCCUUUCAGGCAGAAAUUGCCCAACUCAUGUCCCUCAUCAUCAAUACCUUCUAUUCCAACAAGGAGAUUUUCCUUCGGGAGUUGAUCUCUAAUGCUUCUGAUGCCUUGGACAAGAUUCGCUAUGAGAGCUUAACAGACCCUUCGAAGUUGGACAGUGGUAAAGAGCUGAAAAUUGACAUCAUCCCCAACCCUCAGGAACGUACCCUGACUUUGGUAGACACAGGCAUUGGGAUGACCAAAGCUGAUCUCAUAAAUAAUUUGGGAACCAUUGCCAAGUCUGGUACUAAAGCAUUUAUGGAGGCUCUUCAGGCUGGUGCAGACAUCUCCAUGAUUGGACAGUUUGGUGUUGGCUUUUAUUCUGCCUACCUGGUGGCAGAGAAAGUGGUUGUGAUCACAAAGCACAACGAUGAUGAACAGUAUGCUUGGGAGUCUUCUGCUGGAGGUUCCUUCACUGUGCGGGCUGACCAUGGUGAGCCCAUUGGCAGAGGUACCAAAGUGAUCCUCCAUCUUAAAGAAGAUCAGACAGAGUACUUGGAAGAGAGGCGGGUCAAAGAAGUAGUGAAGAAGCACUCUCAGUUCAUAGGCUAUCCCAUCACCCUUUAUUUGGAGAAGGAGCGAGAGAAGGAAAUUAGUGAUGAUGAGGCAGAGGAAGAGAAAGGUGAGAAAGAAGAGGAAGAUAAAGAUGAUGAAGAAAAGCCCAAGAUCGAAGAUGUGGGUUCAGAUGAGGAGGAUGACAGUGGUAAGGAUAAGAAGAAGAAAACUAAGAAGAUCAAAGAGAAAUACAUUGAUCAGGAAGAGCUAAACAAGACCAAGCCUAUUUGGACCAGAAACCCUGAUGACAUCACCCAAGAGGAGUAUGGAGAAUUCUAUAAGAGCCUCACCAAUGACUGGGAAGACCACUUGGCAGUCAAGCACUUUUCUGUAGAAGGUCAGUUGGAAUUCAGGGCAUUGCUAUUCAUUCCUCGUCGGGCUCCCUUUGACCUUUUUGAGAACAAGAAGAAAAAGAACAACAUCAAACUCUAUGUCCGUCGUGUGUUCAUCAUGGACAGCUGUGAUGAGUUAAUACCAGAGUAUCUCAAUUUUAUUCGUGGUGUGGUUGACUCUGAGGAUCUGCCCCUGAACAUCUCCCGAGAAAUGCUCCAGCAGAGCAAAAUCUUGAAAGUCAUUCGUAAAAACAUUGUUAAGAAGUGUCUUGAGCUCUUCUCUGAGCUGGCAGAAGACAAGGAGAAUUACAAGAAAUUCUAUGAGGCAUUCUCUAAAAAUCUCAAGCUUGGAAUCCACGAGGACUCCACUAACCGCCGCCGCCUGUCUGAGCUGCUGCGCUAUCACACCUCCCAGUCUGGAGAUGAGAUGACAUCUCUGUCAGAGUAUGUUUCUCGCAUGAAGGAGACACAGAAGUCCAUCUAUUACAUCACUGGUGAGAGCAAAGAGCAGGUGGCCAACUCAGCUUUUGUGGAGCGAGUGCGGAAACGGGGCUUCGAGGUGGUAUAUAUGACCGAGCCCAUUGACGAGUACUGUGUGCAGCAGCUCAAGGAGUUUGAUGGGAAGAGCCUGGUCUCAGUUACCAAGGAGGGUCUGGAGCUGCCUGAGGAUGAGGAGGAGAAGAAGAAGAUGGAAGAGAGCAAGGCAAAGUUUGAGAACCUUUGCAAGCUCAUGAAAGAAAUCUUAGAUAAGAAGGUUGAGAAGGUGACAAUUUCCAAUAGGCUUGUGUCUUCACCCUGCUGCAUUGUGACCAGCACCUAUGGCUGGACAGCCAAUAUGGAGCGGAUCAUGAAAGCCCAGGCACUUCGGGACAACUCCACCAUGGGCUAUAUGAUGGCCAAAAAGCACCUGGAGAUCAACCCUGACCACCCCAUUGUGGAGACUCUGCGGCAGAAGGCUGAGGCCGACAAGAAUGAUAAGGCAGUUAAGGACCUGGUGGUGCUGCUGUUUGAAACCGCCCUGCUCUCUUCAGGCUUUUCCCUUGAGGAUCCCCAGACCCACUCCAACCGCAUCUACCGCAUGAUCAAGCUAGGUCUAGGUAUUGAUGAAGAUGAAGUGGCAGCAGAAGAACCCAGUGCUGCAGUUCCUGAUGAGAUUCCCCCUCUUGAGGGCGAUGAGGAUGCGUCUCGCAUGGAAGAAGUCGAUUAGAAGUUCAUAGUUGGAAAACUUGUGCCCUUGUAUAGUGUCCCCGUGGCUCCCACUGCAGCCUCAAGUGCCCCUGUCCCACCUGGCUCCCCCUGCUGAUGUCUAGUGUUGUUUUUCCUCUCCUGUCCUUGUGUUGAAGGCAGGAAACCAAGGGUGUCAAGCCCCAUUCCCUCUCUACUCUGACAGCAGGAUUGGAUGUUGUGUGUUGUGGUUUAUUUUAUUUUCUUCAUUUUGUUCUGAAAUUAAAGUAUGCAAAAUAAAGAAUAUGCCGUUUUUAUACA